UUUUGUUUUCUGCAUUUGGACUCAGUUUUUUUUUGCGGCACUUGAGGCCAUGUUUGAGCCUCUCGUGAGUAUUUGGGGUGGUAUUUAGUUUAAUUGAUCUAAAUACAGAUCUUGUAUCAGCUUUCGGUGACCAGCAAGCGUUCAUUAUUCGAUGGAUGGCAGCUGUUUCUCUGAAGAACGCAGUGGAUAGGUUUUGGAGGCGAAAUUACACUGAAGAGGAGAGAGGAAGGUUGACAGAGGAACAAAAUGCGAUCAAAGAGAGUUUGUUGAGUGGUGUUUUGCUGAAGGAACUAGAUCCUAAAAUCAGAAUGCCAGUUGCAGUUACUAUCUCAAAAAUAGCCAGGUUUGACUGCCCGGAUAAAUGGACAGAUCUACUGCCAACUCUAAUUCGAAAUGUAGAGCUAGGAUUGCAGGAUGAUUCGAGUCCGAACAACGCCAUGCUGUUUCUCUAUCACGUGACCAAAGUGCUCUCCCAGAAGAAAUUGCCAGCUGACAGGGCCGCGUUUAGAAACUUGGCGGCGGAGGCGUUUCCCAUUUUUAAACAACUGUGUGCAGUUAACUAUGAGAAGUAUGUCGGAGUGUAUAGUUGUCUGAUUCAGUCACCUAGCAAUAACAAUUCAGAUUUGAAGGAAAGGAUAUCAAAUGACCUUCAGUUGAACUUUAAAUUGAUCAAGAAGCUCCUGGUUAACGGGUUUUCUAAGGUCCGCGAACUUCCGCAAGUGACCGAGUUUAUCCAGUUAUGCUUAUCCGAAUAUCUUCCUUCCACAUUGAGAAUAUCUCUGCUGCAUAAAGUGACACAGAAAGUACCCGAAUGUCUGUGUAAAUUGUUCUAUGAAUUUGUCUACAAUGAUCCGAUGUCUUUCGCAACAUACGUGGGGCCGACAAUCAAGUUGCUGAUUCAGGUUCUUUUCGUUGAGAUUGAUAAUAUUGGUCUGUUGUCGGAGCGAUUUGUAUUGAAAGCAGUGAACUUGUUCAAGAUUAUCCUUCUUUCCGAAGAGUUCCAGCCUAAAGAAACACUGCUACACUUAGAACACCCACUGACCGUCGAGGCAAGACAGAACAUUGACGAAAUAAUGAAUCACGAUACCCUAACCUCCUGCGUCCGAAUUUGCAUAGAACAUUACCUAAUCAUGGAUGCCCAUCAAGUGGAAUCCUGGAACGAAGACCCUGAAACUUACUUCAUUGAUCUGGAUACAGGGGGAGAAAGUUGGCAGACGAAUAAAAGUGCAGCAGUGGGAAGCUUUUUCGUGACCUUGAUUAAACAGAAAACAGAGUUGACCAAUCAAGUUGUAUUGGACGUUUACUCGAGUGUGAUUGGAUCAAAUUCUGGGAACAUGCCUCAAGAUUUGAAGACUCUCUUAGCGUAUGAUGCAGUUCUGUAUGCUUUUGGUCUUGCUUUAUAUGACGUAUCGUCUCAAGUGACGUUAGGGGAAGACGUAUUCAUGGUUUUAGAGCGUUUAAUUUAUGCCGAAACUGAAAUAGAUGAAAUGAAAAUUGUUCGAAGACGGGUCUGUUACUUUUUAUACCAAUGGAUUGACGUUGGUUUCCCAGCAACUUUGCUGGACCGAUUGUCGAAACUUUUAAUUUAUGAGUUUAAUAAUGAAAAAGAUGCGGUGGUCCUACUAACGGCAACUAAGACACUCCAUACUUUGGUUGAUUUUAUAGACAUGCUGCCUGAGUCUAUAACAACUCAUACACCCUUCUUUAUUUCAACGCUACAUUCUCUGAUCGAUAAAUUAGAACAAUGCGACUCAAAAGGAAAGGUCUUAGCUACUCUUACCUUAGUAAUCGAUCGAACCAGGUUUGACAUCGCGCCUUUUGCCAAUGAUAUCAUAGCACUGCUUCAGAACCUGUGGAAUACGUCAGCAGCAGCUAGUUUUCAAUUUUUGAGAUCUGCGGUUCUUGACUGUCUGGGAUUUAUAGUUUCGGGUAUGAAGCAGAAUUGUGAUAUGUUGUUUUCGUUUGUAAAAUAUGUUGAAGGUGUUUGCCUUGACCAAGAAAACGAACAGAGUAUUAACUUGAUGCAAGAUGGUCUCAACUUGCUUCUCUGUUUUGUUCAAAAUACGCAAAAUGAGUUGAAUGAAGAGUUGUUGACAAUGUUGCCAGCAGUUUUACCGAGUCUAGAACUGGGCUCUGAAUAUGUUCAGCUAGCUUUGCCGAUAGUUUCAUCUUACGCUGUGUUAUUCAAAACAAAGCUGUACCCCUUUUGUGGCGAUCAAGUAAACGCCAGUUUGCUAUCUUUGUACAGAGACACGUCACGUGACCUGAUGAUUUUGUUGGUACAAACUAUUAAGGUGUAUUUCCAAGUGUCUCUGCCGAAUGACCAGAGCUGCUUGUCGUCUCAGUCUUUCUUCGAACUAACUAGAACCCUCCUGCAGGAAAUUCUGGACCAAGAUUGCUCCUCUUUAGUCCAGUCUGAUCUCAUCGCUCUUUUCUCCAGACUCAUUCUGGAGAAAUCACAAUUAUUUGUCGGAAUCCUUACAGCCUAUGCACAUGAGUCCCAAACAACACUGCCUUCAGUGUUGUCGCGACUGAUCGGUAUUAUUUGUGACUGCAUAGACGAUAUAGUUGACGUGAGGACACGAAAACUAACAGCUCUUGCUCUUAUUUUCACGAUGAACCCGGACAACACGUCCCUAGAACUGGUGAAGGAGAGAUUUGCUGAAGUGUUCUACGUGUGUCUCGGAUGCCUGCAUGACCUGGUGGAUCCAGUCACUGGAGCACCAGACAUGCUCUUGAUUCAAUCGCCAAAAGUCAUAAUGCAAGACGAAGAGCAGCUUUCAGAGAGCAUGGAAAAUGCACAUGACAUAAGAGAAAGGUCGCUCAAUGAAGGUUGCAUUACAUCAUCUGUAUCACUAAAAGAGGAAUUACGCAAUCUGUUGACCCUGUUACGCAAUAGUUCUGGUAUUAAUUACGACGAACUGAUGAGCUCUAUCGAUGAUAGCUGCAAAAUUGAACUUGAAAAAUUCUAUCAAUAAUAUAUGCGAUGCCUUGUAUUGAUUUUCGUACAGCUUAAUAAUUUAAUACAGUUUCAUUUUUAAAUGAGCUUGUUCUCGUGAAUAAAUUUAUCUCAAAAGGGGCAAAUGGAUUCAAA